UGAUUCCGGGGCCUACGAGGAGCUUCACUAUAAAUUUCCUAAGUUAACUUUGAUUUCCACCACAAGCAGAGUCUCAGCACUUUCCAUCAUCAACCAUAACAAAUUGUUCAAAAUCUGUUCGACGUAACUUGGAAAGCAAGCAAAAAUCAAUGGCGUCGCGAAGUGGGAUUGUGUUCGAGGAUUUCUUCCCGACGAUGGUGGAGAAGUUGGGAGCAGAUGGGUUUAUGAAGGAGCUGUGCAAUGGAUUCCACUUGUUGGUGGACAGAGAGAAGGGGGUGAUCACAUUCGAAAGCUUGAAGAAGAACUUGGCGGUCCUGGGACUGGAAGGGAUGAGUGAUGAUGAGGUAAUGUCUAUGGUUAGAGAAGGUGAUGUUGAUGGAGACGGAGCAUUGAAUGAGAGGGAGUUUUGUACUCUCAUGGUUAGGUUAAGUCCUGAUUUGAUGACAACCUCUAAACAACUAUUGAAGGAAGCCUUGCUUACUGAUAUGUAGAUGCGCAGAGACUCUGUUUCUGUCUCUGUCUCUGUCUCUGCCUCUGCCUCUAUAUAUGUUGUUAAAGACUUCUCUCUUUAUGUGUCUUUCUUUGCUGGUGGGCUAACUAAUAGUAUAGCUCAGCCAUUUGUUUUGAUCUCUCAGGCUAGUCGGUUUGUAAUUCCAACUUAUUAAAUAUUAAUGAGUAUUAUUUCUUUCUUCUU